ACACACGUGUUAAUCGUUGAGAUGCCUUGCAAACAGUCAACUUGCUCUCUUCCGCACCCUUCGUCUUAAAUUUAGAGAAGCCGUACGUUCAGAGAACGAUUAAAACUUAUUCUCGGGAACACGUGUUGCGGCCUAGUGCUGCAACGGGCACGUUGCGUUUUUCCGUAGAAAAUAAAAAAAAGAAAAGAUCGGAGAGUAAAAAGGACAACGCGAAUGUUGGCAAGCGCAUCCUGUAACUCCUGAAAUACCCAUAAAGCGUUCAAGUUCAGUUUCAUACCGACCAGCCCCAAAAACAACGAAACCGUAAGGGAGUUCAACGUUUACUGGAACGUGCCCACCUUUAUGUGCCAUAAGUACGGGCUUCACUUCGAAGAAGUAUCGGAGAGAUAUGGCAUUCUACAGAAUUCGAUGGAUAACUUCCGCGGUGACGAGAUCGCGAUCCUUUACGACCCUGGAAUGUUCCCGGCGUUGCUGACAGACCCGAACGGAAAGGUAGUGACGAGAAACGGUGGUGUCCCGCAAGAAGGCAAUCUCACCAAGCAUCUCGAAGUAUUUCGGGAGCACUUGAUCAAUCAGAUACCAGACAAAUCGUUUCACGGUGUGGGGGUGAUCGAUUUCGAAAGUUGGAGGCCAAUCUUCCGACAGAAUUGGGCUUCCCUCCAGCCUUAUAAGAAACUCUCCAUAGAGAUAGUUCGUCGUGAGCAUCCGUUCUGGGACAAUCAGAGCGUCGAGCAGGAAGCGAAACGAAGAUUCGAGAAAUACGGGAAACUUUUCAUGGAGGAGACACUGAAGGCUGCCAAACAGAUCAGACCGUCCGCCAGUUGGGGAUACUAUGCUUACCCCUACUGCUACAAUCUGACACCGAAUCAACACAGUUCCCAGUGCGACAGCGCUACGAUGCUGGAAAACGAUAAAAUGUCAUGGCUGUUCGAGCUGGAAGACGUUCUCCUGCCGUCGGUGUACUUCAGACUGAGCCUAACGAGCAGUGAACGAGUCGGUCUCGUCGGAGGCCGUGUCAGAGAAGCCUUGAGAAUAGCAAAACAAAUGGCGAUUAGGAAGAAGGUUCUCCCCUAUUAUUGGUACAAGUACCAAGAUAAGAGGGAUAUGUAUUUGAGCAAGGACGAUCUCGAAGCGACUCUACGAAAGAUCAUGGAUCUCGGUGCCGACGGUCUCAUCCUUUGGGGAAGCUCCGACGAUAUUAAUACCAGGCAAAAGUGCGUAGAGUUCAAGGAAUACGUAAACAACGAACUAGGGCCCAUUGUAGAUCGAAUUAGACGAACCGCUCUUGGCUUGACUCAAAGCAACAGCACUCUUGUGGACAACAGAAUCGAUGUGAGCGUGGACCAAGUUUGAUGUAGCACUUGGAAUACCGAUUCUCUUAUAAAAGAGGCAAAAUAUUAGGAGAAAUUGUAAAAAAUCUUUAGUUUCUGUCGCUUACGUAUAUGGUUAUCAUACAUGACAUACGUAGGAGAUCUGUUCGACCUUCGAAAUAGAAAGAUAUCAAACACGAGACACCAAAGUGAAACCAAAGACUACUGGUUUAGACGAUACUUGGAGAUGUUGCGCGACGUAUUCGAGCAGCGAUCGAAAUAAAAUUCCUACGAAACUA